GACGUGUUUUGUUUUUUUACUUUUGGUUUGGUUUUGUUUUCCACAGAAACCCGGCCAGCCCCUCCUUCCCUUCCUGCCCCAACACGAUUAUUCAUGACAGGAAACGUUUCAUGGAGAUUUGAUUUGUUGGUGAUCAGGUUUUUUCCUCUGGGCUUCCCUCCCACCAUCCGUCUGCUGCAGCUGACUCAGUCUGCUGAGAUCCUCUCCACCAGGACCAGGACCAGGACCAGGACCAGAACCAGGACCGAUCAGGACCAGGACCAGGACCAGGACCAGGACCAGGACCAGGACCAGAUCUGCUGAGAUCGUCUCCACCAAAGACCUGCAGGAUGUACGGAGCGGCUCCACACGUGGAAGUCCCGAGCCGCCAGUGCCUGGUGGAGAUCCAGAACAAGAGCUCCUGCUGCUCCCUGACCGACCCUCGCGUCCACCUGGUCAGCGGCAGCAGCGAGGCUCCUCUGCCGCCGAUGCUCAAGCCGUCCGAAGCCGGAAGCGCUCGCUUCGUAAAGUCGGUGGGGGCGCGCGGGUCGGUGGGCGUCUUCACCUACGACCUCGUCCACCAGUCCAGCAAACAGCACCGGGGCAAGAUGGCCGUCAUGUUCUCCGUCCCCUACGACUUCAACCUGUACUCCAACUGGUACGCCGUGGGGAUGUUCGGCGGGGACCAGCCCUGCGAUAAGGACCUGUACGAGCUGAUGUACAAGGGCGGGGAGAAGGGCUUCGUCCGGGGCAGAGCUAAGGGGCCCGGGCUGACCCACAGGAUGGACCGGGUCACCGUCAGGGCCACCAUGUCCGACAGCUACCGGCCCGUCCUGAAGGUGGACGUCUGCGACAACUGACACCCUGUUUCAGACCAGUUACCCCAGUGCUGGAAAGGAAUCUGUCAAAAAUCAUAAAGAUUGUGCACUUGGUGACAAGUUUUUGAUAUUUGGCAUGUUAGUUAUGGACCAAAUUUAGGGGACCCGUCAAAAUCUGCUGAUUGACUUAAUCCUUUCAAAUAGGAAGGAAAACAUUACUGCCUCUGCGGUCUUUGCACUUUGUUUUAGUGAUCACUGUCUGUUGUAUGUAUACGCAGUUGUAAACGGGAAAAGUGCAGAUGUUUCUCAUGUUUGAUCAUUAAAGAGUCUGUUCAGA